AUGGAAAGCACCACCAUCGUUCCUACACAGGAUUCUUUGACCUUAAAAAAGAAAAAGCAAAAUGGGCUCCAAAGACUUGGGAAUUAUGGGAUAAAUAUGGCGUCGGUGAAGCAGAUGGUUCGUACAAAGUGUUUUUACAAUAAUUAUGCAUUACUCGUAUAUAAUAAAAUUUCCCAAGCAGACAAGGAAAGCUUCCAAAGGUCCUUUGUCCGUCACGUGACCACGACACUUGCCAGAUCUGCUUUCAACGUUGAUAACUUCAGUGCAUACCAGGCAACUGCUCAUACUGUUCGGGAUCGAUUGAUUAAACGUUGGAAUGAUACACAACAAGUUCAUACCGAAGCCACUGCGAAACGUGUCUAUUACCUUUCACUGGAAUUUUUGUUGGGUAGAUCGUUAGAUAAUGCUCUUCUCAAUCUGGGACUAAAAGAAAGUUAUGGAGAGGGCAUCGAGGACUUGGGUUUCAGGAUGGAAGACGUCCUUGGCCAAGAAGUUGAUGCUGCUCUUGGUAACGGAGGUUUAGGUCGUCUCGCAGCGUGCUACAUGGAUUCUCUUGCUACAUUGGACUAUCCGGCCUGGGGUUAUGGGCUUAGAUAUACAUAUGGGAUCUUUCAACAAAGAUUAAAGGAUGGAUACCAAGUUGAAUUUCCAGAUUAUUGGUUAAAUUUCGAUAAUCCGUGGGAAUUGCCUCGCUUAGAUAUUGUUAUUGACGUUUGUUUCGGCGGGACGGUUAACAAAUACACUGAUGAAGUAGGUCAGGUGCGAUAUGUUUGGGAGGGUGGUGAGCCAGUUCAAGCUGUGGCCUACGAUGUACCCAUUCCUGGUUACGACACAAAUAAUUGCAUCAAUAUUCGUUUGUGGAGCAGUAAGCCGAAACGUCAAUUUGAUCUCAAGCGAUUCAAUGAGGGACAAUACGAACAGGCGGUCGAAGAACAAAUGAAGGCAGAAAACAUUACCGCUGUUUUAUAUCCCAACGAUAACCAUAUGGUUGGUAAAGAAUUACGUCUCAAACAACAAUACUUUUGGGUUGCCGCCAGUCUUUCAGAUAUAGUUCGUCGAUUUAAAAAAACCCAAAGGUCAUUUACCGAGUUUCCUGACAUGGUUGCUAUCCAGUUGAAUGACACCCAUCCAACUCUUGCCAUUGUUGAGUUACAAAGGAUCUUGGUCGACGAGGAGGGUCUUGAUUGGGACGAAGCAUGGGACAUCGUUACUAAUACAUUCGCUUUCACGAACCAUACAAUUCUUCCCGAGGCUAUGGAAAAGUGGCCUGUUCCUAUGUUCUUUUUACAAAAAGUUGAACAGACUUAUCCCGAUGAUCGCGACCUUCUGGCCAAAUUAUCAAUUAUUGAAGAAGCAACACCACAAUUCGUGAGAAUGGCACAUCUUGCUGUUAUUUUCAAAGACUUUGUUCGAUAUUUCGGUCCCGAGAAGUUUGAGAACAAGACCAAUGGAAUUACUCCUCGCAGGUGGUUACAUCAAGCUAAUCCUAAGUUAAGCAAAUUGAUUACCGAGAAACUGGGAAGCAAGGAGUGGCUAAAGGAUUUGAGAUUAUUGAAAAAUCUUGAAAAAUUUGUUGAGGAUAAAGAAUUCCAAAAGCGUUGGGUCGCAGUUAAACACUCCAAUAAGGUUCGCUUGGCGGAUUACAUCAAGGCUCAGACCGGCAUUUUGGUUAACCCAAAUGCUCUGUUUGACAUUCAAGUAAAACGAAUUCACGAAUACAAAAGGCAGUUUAUGAAUAUUUUGAGUGUUAUUCACCGAUACAACACGUUGAAAAAAUUGUCCGCUGAAAAAAGUUCUAAGGUGGUUCCUCGAGUUGUCAUCUUUGGUGGAAAGGCAGCGCCAGGUUAUCAUAUUGCCAAGCUGGUCAUCAAACUCAUAAACAGCGUAGCCGAUGUUGUGAAUAACGAUGAGUCUAUUCAUGAUAACUUAAAGGUGAAAAGUCGUGUUGUUUUUAUUCCCGAUUACAAUGUCUCUGUUGCCGAAAUAAUCAUUCCCGCUUCGGAUAUUUCUCAACAUAUCUCAACUGCUGGCACGGAAGCGUCUGGUACCAGUAACAUGAAAUUUGUUUUAAACGGUGGUUUGAUUCUUGGAACUGUCGAUGGUGCGAAUAUCGAAAUUCACGAAGAAAUUGGCGAUGAUAAUAUUUUCAUGUUUGGAAAUUUGGCAAAUAGAGUCGAAGACUUGAGACAUGCCCAUAGGUAUCGAAAUGUACAAAUGGACCCUUCAUUGCAGGCGGUGAUAAGAGAUAUCGAAUCGGGUCAUUACGGGGAUCCGCGUAUAUUUUCACCUUUAAUAAAUACCUUGACUAUAGGAAAGGAUUAUUACUUGAUAUCAGAUGAUUUCGAUUCUUAUCUUAAAACACAGGAUUUAGUAGACGAGGCCUAUAAUAAAAAAGAGGAGUGGACAGUUAAGAGUAUCCUCUGUACCGCUCGUAUGGGCAAAUUUUCGUCUGAUCGCGCCAUCAAAGAAUAUGCUGAAAGCAUUUGGAACGUUGAACCUGUACCAGUAACUGGUGUCAAAAUCAAUUGA